GUCGCUUGCGGCCUGAGUUUGCAAUUCUACCGCCCGAACUCGCCUUUUUGUUUCUAGCGCUCGCGUUCGACCUGAGGGGCGCCGGAGAUCGAACGCGAACGCUCAGGUAAAACAAAAUGCCUCGUCCGGCGAGUUCCGCUUAGCCUAAAAAUGAGUGGUGGGCUUACCAGCAACCAGAACGUAAAGGCUCAGAUUCUCCAUAUCUUCUGCACGCUUUGCUUUUCCACUCGAUUAAAGGUGCUUUGCUGUUGGGGAGAGAGUAGGGAGGCGUCGCCAUGGUAACGCGUCACUCGGAGAGUCGGUGCAGCUUGUGCGUUGGGAUGGAGGGAGAAAGGAAAUUUCUACCACAGAGGAGGAUAAAAUUAUUAACUAAACCACAAAUGAAAUAGCAAUGAACAGCCUGUCAUCGAUCCCGUUGCUCUGCAUUUAAGAUCAGAGCAAACUAGAUCAUAUUGCAUGAAAUGUAGAAGUCGGGCGAUCGAAAUCCAGGAAGCAGAAAGUUUUAACGAAAGUUAGAAGUCAAUUACUGUUAGACUUCAAGAGUCGGCCAAAGUGCACGCACGCAUUUUCUUAUUUACCCACAGAUCUAGAAGACGUUUGUUGUUCUGGCAACUUAUAAAACUUCCAAAACUAAACCGAUGCGACGGCGUGGGUUAAGAAAAGCUGCGAGCUGAUGAUGGAAGACGAUACACCGGCCAGCGGGCACAAGGCAAAGUCAGCCACGAAGUUUACUGGUGAUUCGGCAGUAAAGAAGAAAAUCAAGAAAAAGGGUGUGAAAGAAAAAAAGAAUUCCCGCAAAACAAGGAGAAGCUCUUCAAGUACGCCGUUAACCUCAGCUGAAACAGUAAUGGUUCAUAAACGUGGGAAAAGCAGCGAACUCCAUACUCCUACAGCACCUCCAAGCAUUGAAACAUCAUCCAGUCAAGGCGAUAGCAAGUCAUGUCCAGACCACAUGGAAAACAGUGUUAAAUCUAAUGGAGAUAACGGAGAUCACACUGAAGCAUCCUCCAUCGACCAACUUGCUACCUCUGUGAACGAAUCUCUGCGGUGGGAUGGAGUUCUUGAUGACCCUGUGGCAGAAGAGGAGAGGAUCAAGCUUUACAAACUAAAUCGGCAGUUGAGGUACCUGGCAGCCCAGAACAGCAUGCGCAAGGAGAUCCAGUUGUGCCGAAAGAACCUCUCUGAAACUCGUUGUCCGAAGGAGAAUCCAUACGUCAUCAGCAGUGAAAUCUACCAGCAACUAGCCUCAAAAGAUCACGCAAACUCUUAUUUUAUGGGGCAAAGUGCCUGAAGUACAAAAUGUAUUGAAGUGUACGCAAAGGAACUAAUCCUCCAACUACAGACAUUCUAUCAUAGUUGGAAAGCUACACACAUAAUGUAAAUUGUGUUUAAAAUCACCUUGAUGUUUGAUGGUGUCUGCAAAUGUCCGAGAAAUAUCCUAAAUAGAAUCAACCAAAAUUGAAGUUGGUGGGGUAGCAUCUUGUUUUGCAUUUCAUUUUCAGGUUUAGAAACUGGUAUGCACUUUAAGAUUGAAACAAUCAAGAUAGGAUUAGAGUAUUACAGUGCUUAAGAUUUUUUUAAAAUUAAGGAAAAUGACUCAAUCUGAGUUUCUAUUUUUGGAAAAAAUAAGAUCCCUGCUUCUAAAGGGGCCUUCCUAGUUUCAUUAAUUAUUAUGAGCACAAAUGGUAAAAUAGUUGGUGCUUUAACCAGUGCAGUCUAAUGGCUUUCUUCUCCCUCCUGUAAAUUCAGACCAAAUCAAACUUGAGCUGUUUGAACAGAUGUCUGUAAUUGAUAACCCAGGACACCAAACACUUUCUCGUGCCUUAGUCUUGUUCUUUAGUGAGAGAUGUUAUGAAAUGGUGAUAAUCUGAUUUUAAGGUGGAGUAAAGCCCCCAUCUUCUCAUGUUCAUCCAGUAAAGUUAAGGAUCCUUUCACCGGCAGGCACAGUAUCAACUAAUUUGAACGUGUGGGUCGUAAGAUCAUCAAUCAAAGACUUCUGCAUCCCACGUCUAUGCUCUUGCAGGAGCCCCAAGGUUUAGUGACUUAUAAGAGACUAGACCAGUUCUGCAGUUUCUCUCAAAUAAGGUGAUCAAACGGAUGAUUAAGUAAUUACUCCAUUCAGGUGAGAAACCAUGUAAUAAAACCAUUUCUGGCUACUCCGUCACCCCACCCCACCCCCAAGCUAUGGCCUAUGUCUAGCAUGAUUCUCCUUCUAAAUGGCACAUCCAGUCCUUUCUAAUAAUGCAAGUUAACUAAAUUUACACCAAAACAUUUCAACAAACCAACUCAGAGUUGAAGGGUGAUGGGUACUAAGAUAAUGUAUAAAUUUUAAAAAGUCAUUUUAAAUUUUAUUAAGAUAGUAAUUUAUAAACCUCAUUUUUUUAUUUGCUAUUUUUGUGUAUUUCAAAAUUACAAAUCCAAAAUCAAUGCAAGUGUAUUGCAUGCACAGAAAUACCUCAUCCAGGUUAUUUUUACAAGUUGCUAACAACUUCUGAUAUGUACAACUGUUAGCAAAACCCAAGUCCCCAAAGACCAAAAUGUGCAAAAAGGCAAAAUGUGUGACAUACUCCACAGGCCAAGCUGUGUUCGGAGAAUCAGAAUGUUUCAGACCAAUGAUCUUUCCUUGUGGAAGGGAGGGAAGAUUCUCAUGAAAGACAGUGGAUAUAAAAGAUCAACUCUUCCUUACUUCACAAGUUCUGACUUGGACUAUUUUUUUAAAUUCUAAAUUAAUAUUUGUUUGGCUAUCAAGCACUUAAUUUGUGAUAACUGAACUAUGUAACUACAGAUCAAGCAUUAUAGCAUUGCCAUGGUCUCUAAAGAUUACACACAAAGAUAAAACAAACAUGCUAUUAACAAAGGAAUUUAUAUUGGCAAUGGCCCAAUCAGCACCUUCUCAGACAAGGCAGCACACUGUAUUUGCUUUCCAACCUCCAAUUUAAACAUUCAUGUCCUCCUGAACCAGCACAUCAUUCUGCAGUGGAUUUCCUCAACAAGAUGCUCUGUCACAACUCACCAAGGUUCUUUCAAAGGCAUCUCACAAGCUCCUGGCCUAUAUUCUGAAGGUGGCAUGGUAGCAUACUGGUUAGCAUGAUGAUUUACAGUACAGGCAACCUGUGUUCAAUUUCCACUGCUGCCUGUAAGGAGUUUGUACAUUCUGCCCAUGACUGUGUGGGUUUCCUCCCACAGACAAAGAUGUACCAGGUGGUAGGUUAAUUGGUCUUUAUAAAUUGUCCUAUGAUUAGGCUUGAAUAAAUAGAGGGAUUGCUGGGUGGGGUGGCUCAAAGGGCAGAAAGGGCUUAUUCCACAAUAAAUAAGUAAAAUAAAUUCCUGAUGGGAAAAUGUUCGCAGGCUUGUGGAGCACUGCCACCACCCAAGAAAUCCCUUCUAAUAGACACACCAUGCCAAUUUGCAAGCAUAGUCCCAGUUCCUUCACUGUCACUGGGUCAAAAGCCUGCAGCUACCUACCCAUCAGCACAGUAAGAAUACCUUCUCCACAUAGACUGUAAUAUUGCAUUCCAAAUCAGCACCAACUCUAGGCAAUUAGGGUUGAACAGUAAAGUAAUGCCUUGACAGUAAUGACACAAUCAUGUAUGAAUUUCUGUAUUUAAAUGACCUGAUUGUACAAUCAUCUGAAGUUGUUUCCAAUCACUCUGCUGUUCCUGGUGAAUAAUAAAUCAUCAGCUCCUGGAGCUAGUCAGACUGGAUCAGCAAGCACCUGUAUUCAAAUUAGACAUCUCAGUGGCUGCUAUUUAAUACAGCUGUUACAGCUUUUCCACUUUACCCACUACUGACAAAUUGCCUAGGGCUAGUUAUGCAUUCUCAUUAACAGCUAAAGUGAUUGUUGGAAACCUAGAAUCAGGUUGCCUCACCAUUUACUCUGUUCAUAAAAUGAAUAGUGUACACUUUAUGCAUGUACAUUUGUGUUAAAACAUUGUAGUAUCCAAUUUAACUUCUUGCUAGAACCAAAACUCUGACCAAUUUUUUUUUAAAUUGAAGAAAGGAAAGAUUAGUUUAACUGAGGACACUGGAUACGCAAAUGCAGGUGUUACUAACCUGGACCACUUGGUUAAUGGUAGGGGUCCAUGGCAUUAAAGAGGUUGGGAACAUCUGUUCUAAUGAAUGUCUUAUAAACCUCAAAUACACUAUUACCUAUAGUUAAUCUCUGUUGGAUUAGAAAAAUAAACUGGAAUUCUAAGGUUCAAGUUGGCCAACUGGAAAUCCAGGUGUAAUUCUUACGCAUCACUGCACUAGUUUUAAAUUAGCUUUUUUUGGCUUGACUUUCUGUAUAAACUAAUCACCAAAACAACCUUCCAGUGUAAGUGGGGAGGUAAAGUAAUCUUGUAAUAAAAAUAUUCCAUAUUCAGGUUUUAUAGAUGGAGUAACAAAAAGGAUUUGAAAUCAAUACCUUGUCCAGAACCCGUGAGAAGUCUGUGAUUUUGAAUUGAGCAUUGGCUCGUCCAAUGCUUCCCCCCCCCCAAAAUCAGUUUCUAGUUACAUUGAUGCACAGGAGUCAGUUUCUCCAGAAAAUUUAUUGUUUUUAAAUCUAUUAGCAACAUGGAAACAAAACAAAAAGCAGCAUUAAACUUUAAGCGCCUCCAAAGCCCUGCAAGCUAUCUCAGUGGAAACUCGAGCUAAAGUGUCCAGAGCCAGAUCUGAACAAUAGUUUGCAAGCUGGGUCAAAAUGCAUUUGAAAUUCACCCCUCAUUUCCUUUUGUUCGGCCAACACAAGCAAAUUACAUUACAAAACACAUCACCUUGUAGAAAGUCCAGUCCCUUAAAUUACAGAUUUUUGAAUGUUCAUUUUGUAGGCUUCUUUUAAAAAAAAAUCAAAAAGCAUAUAAGUUCAUAAAUCACUUUUUAUUAUAAAAAUCAGUACUAUUCAUAUAUUGAUAAUUAUCACAAAUGCCACCCGAAAUUAGAAUAUAGAUGCACAACACCCAGAAUUAAACCCCGACAAUUGAAUACCUAGCAAGGAUCAUAAAACAAAAAAAAUGUAGUUACUGGAAAUGCGAAGUAAAAACAGAAAAAGCUGCAAACACCCAGUUCGAAAAGAAACUAAGCUAACGCUUCAGGCUGAAGGCUUCUCAACCCCAAAACAUUGUAUUUUUAUUUGUUCAUUCAAAGGACAAGGGAGGGACUAGGAACGGUAGUAGAACUUGCACUGGAGGGAGCUGUAAAAGACAGUCACAUUCCUGUUCAUGAAGUCACAAAGGCAGUAGACUGUGCAAGGAUGUUCUUGGGAUGUUGACAGUGGGUUCCUGGUUGCCAGAGAUAUUUAAUUGAAGCUUUUAUUUACUGUGAUGAGGUUGGAACAAUUGUCUUAGGAUCAUGUUUCUGGAAUCAAUCAAGUAAUGCAAAUCACAAAGCCACUGUCCUGGGCAGAAUUAUUGAUCAGUGUCAAGAGCACCAACUUGGAGAUUGGUUGGUCGCCCACAAAAUUGGAAACAUUUACUCUGUAGUAAACUAUUCCAGUCGAUGAAAACUACCUGCUUCUGCACAGAUGGCACAAGUCAUUCCUCGAAAUUUUGAUUGAAGAUGACCCUUAUAUUUUUGAACCCUUCUAUUAGUGUCUUCUAGACUUUAGUUCAUAGAAAGAAAAAAAUGUUUGCUUCAGCUUCAUAAUGGCUUGUAUAUCAUUCCUUAGGGACUCGGUGUUAACACUAUCCUGCCGUAUGCAGAGCUUCAAGCUGAGAAAAUAUUGAUUGAAUAAAGUUAUUUUCCACCCAAAAAUUAUGGCUUUUUUUUUUGCUGCUAAAUGUACUUGUGGUAAAUUAAUCUGGCUGAGUGGAAGGUUUUGCAUGGUGGUGUAACUGUACACCAAGGCACAAAAUUAGCAGCCUAGUUUACUACAAGGACUCCUGGGAUGAUGUGCAGAAUGAAAAUGUUGCACCAGGGCUAGUUCAAGAAGAAGGUGUGAGGGGCCUUGUAAAACCACAGAAAAGAGAAUUACAUGCAACCAAAAUAAUAAAUGUUCCAAUCCUCCAACAGUAUCCAUUUCCUGUUUUUUUUAAAUUUUCUUGCUCAGUUCCAUUAGUCAGCACGGUUUACUUGUUAGCCCUUUCAUCUUAAAUUUAGCUCCACUCAGCUAGAAAAGUUCAACCUGUCAGUUCCAGAAUCAGUAUCAAAAACAAAGGAGCUGGUUGUGGAUACAGGAGGAAUGGAGACAUUCUCAACCCUAUUGACGUCAAAGGAUCUGGGGUUGAGAGGGUGAACAGAGCUUUAAGUUCCUUGGUAUACACAUCACCAAGGACCUCGCUUGGUCUGUACAUACUGGCUCCGGUGAAAAAAGCACAACAGCCCCUCUUUCAACACACAGUUGAAGUAGUUCGACAUGAGUCCUCAGAUCCCAAGGAUUUUCUACAGGGGCACGAUUGAGAGCAUUCUGACUGAGCAUUCUUGCAUCACUGCCUGGUGUGGGAACUGUACCCUGGACUCUGCAGAGAGUGGUGUGGACAGCUCAGCACAUCUGUGGAUGUGAACUUCCCACCAUUCAUGGCAUUUAUAAUGACAGGUGUGUAAAAAGGGCCCGAAGGUUCAUUGGGGACCCGAGUCACCCCAACCACAAACUGCCCCAGCUGCUACCAUCUGGGAAACGGUAGCACAGCAUAAAAGCCAGGACCAACAGGCUCCGGGACAGCUUCUUCCACCAGGCCAUCAGCUGAUCAAUUCACACUGAUCAAUUGUAUUUCUUAGCUAUAUUGACUGUUCUGUUGUAUAUCUUACUGUACAUACAAUUUAUUACAAAUUACUAUAAUUUGCACAUUCCAGAGACAUAACAUAAAGAUUUUUACUCCUCAUGUACAUGAAUGAUGUAAGCAGUAGUCAGUUCAAUGUCACCCCAACCCUCAGUCAUCAAGAUCCAUUAUUUCUGCGUAGUGUGAAUGGGUCUUGAACUAUUUAUUUUAAAUGAAAUCCCCUACUAACCUGUCUUAUGGUGCAACAUGACUUCCUGACAAUAAAGGCCACAAUAUUUAGGGAAAAUGAAAACCUCUUUCCAUAUCUCAGGAUUCGCUUCUCAGCAAAGGCAAAUGUGAUUUUUUUUUAAAAAUGUACCACCACCACUGCACCAGCAGCUUUUGGCCUUUGGGAAAGGGGAGCAUUUGAAGCUCAAAACCAACACUCUGUUCCUGAUCCAUCUUCAGAGAUGGGGACUACAUAGACUGAGCAAAAAGUACAGGGUUAUGUUUGGGGGGGGGGGGGGCGCUGUGAAAAUAUGAUCCAAAUCUCUGUGUAACAGGUGGUACAGGAACCUGAAGACACAGAGACAUGCACGCGUUCAGCAACAGCUUCUUCUCCUCUGAAUGGAUGUUGAAUCCAUGAACACCACAUCACUACUUUUAUGUUGCACUGAGUUAAUUUAACUAUUUAAUGUGCAGAGGGAACAAUGCCCAUGUGACCAAUUAACCUACCAACCUGCAAGUCUUUGGAAAGUGGGAGGAAUCUAGUACACCCAGGGGAAACCUUUACAGUCACGGGAAACAUACCAACUCCUCAGAGACAGUGGUGAGUCACUAGUGCUGUAAUAGUGUUACACUUACCAAGAUUCAAGUUUAUUGUCACAUGUACAUCAAAACCUGGUGAAAGGUGUCAUCUGCAUUCACACCCAUUGUGUUAGUAACUAUUAUACUAUUAGCUGUGAAGCACAGAACACCUCAUUGGCACACCUGACACUAUACUCCCAAAGCAAGCAACCCACUCAAGUUUUUUUGUGUGACAAAAAGUACUAGAAAUGCUUCAAAAGAUAUUCUCAAGGACUCCUAUGGGGAAGUAAUACAACGUUUUCAACUCCACAGAAUCCCUGGCCCAUGACUGAUUAAAAAACAGUGAAGCAUACAGAAAGCACAAGAACAUUCUUUACUGACAUAAUGGAAACCCAGUGGAAAGAAAGGUGCACUACAUCGUAGCUAUCAGGAAGAGUUGGAGUCACUUAGCCCCUGUUAAGACCAGUCAUAACGCACCCAUUUAUUCCAAUGUAUUCCCAUCAACUCUCUCCAGAUUCUCCCACUCAGCUACAUACAUAUUAGGAGCAAUUGAGUGACCAAUGGGCUCACAUGUGAUUGGGACCCGGAAAUAAACUGGACAAAGCCCACACAACUCCACAUAGACAACACUUGAGGUCGGGAUUAAGCCCAGGUCGCUGGAGCUGAAGGGCAGCAUCCUCUUUAGCUGUGACACCUCCUUGUGGUGGCAUCCAUCAUUAAGGACCCCCAUCACCCAAGACAUGCCCUCUUGUCAUUGCUGGCAUCAGUCAGGAGAUACAGGACCCUAAAGGCAUACACUUAACAUUUCAGUUACAGCUUCUUCCCUUCUGCCAUCAGAUUCUGAAUAGACAACGAACCAUGAACACUACCCCAGUUCUCCUUCCCCCUCUUUUUGCACUACUUAAUUAAUUUUCUUCUUUUAAUAUAUACUUUUAAUUGUAAUUUAUAGCUUUUAACUAUCAUGUACUGCUGCUGCAAAACCACAAAUUUCAUGACAUAUGCCAGUGACAUUAAACCUGAUUCUGUUCACAGUAUCCAUUUGGCCCAUCAAGUACUUAACCCAUAUGUGGCAGAGUCCCAAGAGCAUGUGGGAUUUUCAACAGCCUCCUCAGAAUAAAAAGUUAGUGAGUCCAUCAUUCAUCACGAUGCUUAGGGACUGCUAAAGCUGUACAAGAUUCAACGAGCCCUGCCACCACAAACAGCCAUCCAGAGAACUUUGCAGCCUGCAUCAAUGGGUAUAAAUCAAGAUAUAUCCAUUGUGCUGCAGACUCAAGUUCUAAUUCGGCACCCAUUUCAGUAAAAGUGCAUGAAAAGUGGUGGAAAUUCAAUGCCAACAUUAAAUUGAAACCAUCAAAUACAAAAUUCUGCCUUUGUGAGCCAGUGUUUUUUUUUAAAUACAAAGGUGUUGUAAUUUAACCUUUUCAAAGGUGUGCUGCAAAAAGUUAAAACUUUAAUCCACAUCAGACCACAGAAUUCUCAAGAACUAAGAAUCCAAGAAACACAUGCACUGAGAAGUGAAGUAUUUUGAUGAUCGUGGUGCCAGGGUAGCAUAGCAGUUAGCGCUAUGCUAUUACAGCUCAGAGCGUUGGAGUUUGGAGUUCAAUCUAAGAAAGUUUCUACGUUCUUUCCGUGUGUGUGUCUGUGUGUUUCUUCCACAUGCUCUGGCUUCCUCCCCCACUCCAAAGACACACCAAUUAGCAGGUUAAUUGGUCAUUGUAACUUGUCCUGUUUUAGGCUUGGGUUAAAUAGAUGGGUUGCAUGCUCUAUCCCUAGAUAAAAUUUAAAAAGUAAAUAAAUCAUAUGACAUAUCAGACAGUCGCUCUCGAGAACCAAUUUCCCACGAUGUUCAGAAUACUGAUGUUUGCACAUAAUGUCAUUCACUUUAUCUUCUUCCACUCUCCACCUGCAUGCUCUGCACACAAUCAAACCAGCACUGCAUCAGAUCUCCUCAACAUAUGGUAUGUUCACUUGAAUAGGUGCAGAGAUUGCCUUCCUUAGAAGGGGCUCCUUUCAUUUCCCCUCCAACAUUGACCAUAAGACAGAGAAUUAGGCCAUUCAGCCCACUGAGUCUUCUCUGCCAUUCCAUCAUGGCUGAUUUAUUACCCCUCUCACCUGCCUUCUCCCCAUAACCUUUAAGGCCCUUGCUAAUCAUGAACCUUUUAAACCUCCACUUUAAAUAUACCCAAUGACUUGGCCUCCACAGCAGUCGGUGGUAGAGAAUUCCAGAUUCACUGCCCUCAGGCUAAAUAAAUUCCUCCACAUCUCUGUCCUAAAGGGACUUCCUUCUACUCUCAGGCUGUGUCCUCUGGUCGGACUCCCCAUUAUAGGAAACAUCAUCCCUGCAUCCAUUCCAUCUGGGCCUUUCAAUAAGUCAGCCAACAACUAUGGACACGUGGUCUUAAACUCAUUGUCAGCCACUCAAUGCAAUUCCAUAGAGAAAACUAAGUGGACAGUGCUGCAGGUUGGUAUCAGGUCCUCUUCAGUGUGGAUCCCAAGCCGGAAUUCCGUAGACUGAUGAAAUGAAGUAUUCAUGGAGGAAGGAGAACUAUGCCUGGACUGCUAUUGAACACGAACACGAACACACACACGGAUGGCAGUGAUAAUUAUAUAUUAGUGCAUUAAGGAGAGUUCUAAAGAAGCUGAAAGAUACUGAUGACAUUUAUACAACUGUCACAGAUCAGGGAAGUGUUUGCCAUAGGCACAUGUGAAAUGAUAUUUCAUUCUUCAGAACACACCUCAGACGAAAGCAAUAAUUACUUGGGAUACUGGUGGCAGAGUUAAACCAGAUUUCACCAUUCUUGGGGGGAAAAAAACCACAUUAAACCAAAUGAGACAUUCCCAUCUGGCAUGACCUUUAUUUUGUAAAAAUAAUAUAAUCAGGGUUUCAACACUUAACGAUAUUUAUCUAGCCUAUUUACUCUGCCGGGACAAUAUACUGCAACUCCAGACCAUCACUCUGCACACAGACUUUGGACCUGAUCAGAAAGCUGAAACCUUGAACUGUUUUACUCCAAGUGCCAAUUUUUAAUGUGGAAGCUGCUACUGGAUUUUUAUAAUGAGAUAAACAUUGAUGUUUGUGUGACAAAAAGCUAAUUUGAUCAUGUUAUAAAAAAUGUACAUCAACGCAGAGAUUUCUGAACAGAUAAUGAAGCAACCCCAAACACUAUCUCACUAUUUUUGCACUAGUUAUAUUUAUAUACACAGACCUCAUUGCAAUUUAUAGCUUUUUUAUGUAUUGCACUGUACUGCUGCCACAAAACACGUAAUCUCACAACAUAUGCCACUGAUAUUAUACCCAAUUUUGAUACUGAAACAAAUGAAAUUCAUCAUUUGCAUCAGCAACCAGCAGUCCAAAGAUGUGCUGGGGCCAGCCUCUGCACGCUCUGUCGGCAUGCUUCCAGUGCCAACGUGGCAUGCCCAAAAUUUACUAAUCCUAACCUGUACAUCUUUGGAGAAAGGAACACCUGGAGGAAAACGUGCAGUAACAGGGAGAAGAUACAAACGCCUUACAGACAGUGGCAGAAUUGUAGCCGAGUCAUUGGCGCUGUAACAGUGCUAUGCUAAAUGCUUAGCUACAGUGCCACCGGGUUGGGAGUCAAACGGGCAUUUCCUUUUAAGACUAAUGAUUUUAAUCAUUUUCAGUUACUAAACAUGCAUCAAGUAGAGCCAGUCUGCUUCGCAGCUUAUCUGAACUAUUUCAGGGCAAGUGUCACGUUUCAAAAACUGCCAGGAUUGUGUCUACCCCACCCUGCCGCCCACUUAAAUCACUGCUGGAAAGCCUAGACAGAUAUCCAGUAUGCAACACCACAUUUGUCAAGUCAACUGUGCGUGCAAACUUGA